AAUUGGUAGCUUGGUAAACUAUAUAUAUUUUCAGAGUAACUUACCCCAACACUGGAAAUAGGUCUACAAUGCAAGUAUCAACAUUGCAUUUUGUUGCUGAAUGUGAGAGGCCUCAAACAGGUAUUUAUUAAUAAUAAAAUCAAGUCUGCUGAAAUAUCAUUGAAUGUAGCUUGAACCUAAUAGACAUGGCUAUGUGACAAAAUGGCUGACGUCUUUAGACAGACGUUGUAGCCUCAAAUCUUUUCAUGCCGAGUCUUGAAAUGGUCAGAUCAUCAUGCAAUAAUGGACACCAUUCUUACCCCUUUCCAUGCAGUUAGAUCAACAACUCGCCAUAGUCUUUGGUCUUUUACAAGGCGUCUCCAUCUCUUACACACCCUGCAAAUACACCACAUGAAUGACAUGACAUAAAGAGAAGUGUUCUUCAAGCUAACGUUACAGUUAUUAUCAUGAGAAUUGAUAUUGAGCACAUCGACUUCAGCUAACUUGUUUUACCUUCCAGUUCGGAUGAGCUCUCGCACACCUAAAUAUGAUAAAAUAUCAAUUAAAAUGUUCUCUGGAAAGUAAUCGAGGGUAGAAGUUCUGAAGUCUGCCAUUUUGUAAACAAAAAGUACCGUCGAGUACACGGACAAAAUACACCGACGUACUAAAGUUGCAUUCAAGUAAUAAACCCCGCAGAAACUGUUGCUAAAGUGACAACGUUCCUAAACGUUCUGAUAUACUCCAUGCUCGAAUUAGCACAUUUUAUGUGAGAGUACCAUAUAUAUACAAUGGCGUAACAAUUAUAAAUAAGCAUAACAACGGCAUCAUUUUCAAAGCAUGUUUCACCAAAACUCGUGUUUUAAUGCAGCAAACACUGCCCCUUAGUGUUUGAGAACAAACGCCUUGUUCUACUGGGCUUGCGCAGCUGUCAGUCGGACAAGAUGGCGACGAGCAAUGGUAGUGGAAUGGAAGUGGAUGGGGCAGGUAAUAAUUUCACUUAAAGCACAAUUGAUUUAUCUGAUUAUGAAGGUUGUAUAAAUAUUGUGUGGGUGCCAACUAUACUCCUUUGUCGAUGGUGUUAGCUCAUUUAGCUUGCCAUUAUUUCGCGUAUGCGUUCUCUAAAGUUACUUCAGCGAGGCUACCUAACGUUAGUUAUUUAGUUAAGGUGGCUGUCCAGUAUUUGUGUGUAUAUUAACGUUACUGGUAUAUGCAAUUUCAAAACAAUUGCAGUUAAUAUUUGUUAGUUAGCAAACUAACUCAACCGCAGUCACAUAUUGAUUGGUCCAUCCGUAUUACUUAGCUAAACAUCGGCAAUGUAAACAACUAGUUAAGGUUAGUUUAUCAAUUGAUAGCUAGGUAACGUUAGCUAGCUAACUAUUUUGCUUUCUUAGCUAGUUUAAUUACAGUGCAGUAACUGGUCCUCCACACCUAGUGAGUAUUUAGCUAUAAUUAUCUAAGCUCUUAGUAAGUUUCAUGAUCACAUCUUUUAACAUGUCGUUUGGGAUAGCAUUGUUGAAAAAUCAUAGCUCUGAUGAGUAGAAUCAAUGUCAACACUAUACUCUUCCUGUGAAGUUAGAUUUCUAAAAUCCACCCCAAUUCAACUGCACGCUGAUAUUGUAACAAUCGUCUAAAGAAAACAAUAUUAUCCAAGACAAGAUCACAAAUGCUUUGUUUGCUCUGAGGCAGGUGGACGUGUUAAGGCCAUAUUAGCUACGUUUGGCUGUAGAGAUGACCAACAGUAAAGGAAACCCACCCUCUCUCUCUGUCCCACAGCCAGCCCCAGUGUUAUGGUCUCUGGGGUCACUGGCAGUGUCUCUGUUGCCCUGCAUCCUCUCGUCAUCCUAAACAUCUCAGACCACUGGAUUCGCAUCCGCUCCCAAGAGGGGCAGCCCAUGCAGGGUAUGUGAGCUGAUCAGUUUUCAAGAGUACAGAUAGUUGUAUACAGUCUUGCAUUUGGCAUGGAAUAAUGGACAAGGGGAUGGGAGAUUGGUUCAGUAUAUUGCUCUGUAAAUGUCUUAAAGUUGAAAUACUUUGAAUAAAGUUAAGACACUAAUUCAACUGGUUAAGACUCUACAAGAGAAUCAAUACCUCAACAGUGGGAAGGGAAUCAUACAAGGGAGAGGUUACAGUUAAUGACACAAUUUCAAUGGGCUUUGCUAUAGCCUAUAUGUGUAUCCAUUCCAAUCAGCUGUCUUAUGUUGCAUUAAAUCCUUUCCUUCUCACCAAGUGAUCGGCGCAUUAAUCGGGAAGCAGGAGGGUAGAAACAUUGAGGUGAUGAACUCCUUUGAGCUGCUUCAUCAAUUGGUAGAUGACCGAGCACACAUUGACAAGGAGUAUUACUACACGAAGGAGGAGCAGUGUGAGUCUAAUUUCACUAACCUACCUUACAAAGAAAAGGUCAGAUGCCACUUACUCCCCAUUGAUUACUGAUGUUGGUGAAAGUGCAAGAUAAAAAGUAGUGAUGAUGUGCAGUGCCGUGUCAUGGUUUCCCACCAUCUAUGAAGUGGAAAAAUGUAAUAGUAGGGCUUGUACCUGAAGCCCUUGGUGUUAUAAGUGGAACUGAACGUUAGUAGAAGCACUGGUCUAGGGUCAGUUUUGCCUUUUAGAUCACAGUGAAUAAGAUUACAUUAGUGGGGGGACCUGAUCCUAGAUCGGCAUUCCUACUCUGCUUGAUUCAUACGACUCUUGACCUCUGUCUCUCAGUCAAAGAGGUCUUCAUGGACAUGGAAUUCAUACUGCACCUGACCUCAUGACCUCUGCUUUCUUUCAGUCAAACAGGUCUUCAAGGACAUGGAAUUCCUGGGCUGGUAUACCACAGGUGGUCCUUGUGACCAAUCAGACAUCCACAUUCACAAGCAGGUAGGUGGAGCAAAGGAGACUACAUUUAUUUUCCAUGAGGUUGGGUGUUUUCCAUGGGGGAGAAAUUAGAGGCAUGAUAAAAGUAACUUUUACUGUAAUUGGUCAAUGAAUUGUUGUGAUUUGAAAGAUGUAAAUGUCAGUCAGUUGAGGUUAUUUGGCCAACUGUGUGCUGUUUCCUUAUUGUCUUUUCCUCUUUUCACUUCAGGUGUGUGAGAUCAUUGAGAGUCCUCUCUUCCUCAAGCUCAACCCGAUGACCAAACACACAGAUGUGAGUUUCUCAUUUGGAUUUUUAAAUAUCAUUUAAAUAUAUAUAUUUUUAAUGUCGAAAACAUUAUUCUUAAAUUACAUUGUUAGUUACUUUUAUGUCAGACAGUUACAUGGCUUUGAUGCAGUAAAAAUCGCUUCUCUACAUAUGGUAAUUGAAGCAUAUGUCCUGUCUCCCCCAGCUCCCUGUCAGUGUGUAUGAGUCUGUCAUCGACGUCAUCAGCGGAGAGGUAACUCAAGCUCUCCUACCACAUAUACACACACACACCAGGAUUUCCGUUAGGAAAAUGUGGCACUGGACAACGUGACAGGGAAGAUUUUAAUUUACCGGCCAUUUGAGAAAUUUACCGGACCCAUAUGCAUUGGGUGCAUAACUCAUUAGAGCGUCCAACCACGGUGCUCAGAAUUACAGAAAUCACAUUUAGAUUAUGGUAAUUCAUCUUAACAGAACAUGCAACUCCAGUAAUGAAGCGGCUUAUAAAACGUAAUUUUCAAACAUUUGCCAAAAUGCAAUUUGCGGUAAAAAACACCAUUCUAAACAGCUCACCUGAUGCCAGCGGUAUAUGACAGAGAUUAAAAUCUCUGUUAGAAACGUAGAAAGAGGGUGAAUGUAAAGAUGUAACAACUAGGAUGGGUUGCUAAUAUGACUAGGAUUGUGCCUUUGGCUUCUGGACAACGAAAGAAUAUUGAUAUGAAAACCAAGAACAGGAGAGAAAUGGAAGUCUUUCAUAGGCAGCGCGCUUGGCAAAAGGCCUAGCUGAUUAGUGAUAAGCAUCUAAUAUACAGUACCAGUCAAAAGUUUGGACACACCAAGGGUUUUUCUUUAUUUUUUACUAUUUUCUACAUUGUAGAAUAAUAGUGAAGACAUCAAAACUAUGAAAUAACACAUAUGGAAUCAUGUAGUAACCAAAAAAGUGAUAAUCAAAAUAUAUUUGAGAUUCUUCAAAGUAGGCACACUGCCUUGAUGACAGCUUUGCACACUCUUGGCAUUCUCUCAACCAGCUUCAUGAGGAAUGCUUUUCCUACAGUCUUGAAGGAAUUCUCACUUGUUGGCUGCUUUUCCUUCACUCUGCGGUCCAACUCAUCCCAGACCAUCUCAAUUGGGUUGAGUUCGGGUGGUUGUGGAGGCAGCUAAGUGCAAACCAGAUGGGAUGGCGUAUCGCUGCAUAAUGCUGUGGUAGCCAUGCUGGUUAAGUGUGCCUUUGAAUUUCCAAAUAAAUCACAGACAGUGUCACCAGCAAAGCACCAUCACACCACCUCCUCCAUGCUUCACGGUGGGAACCACACAUGCGGAGAUCAUCCGUUCACCUACUCUGCGUUUCACAAAGACAUGGAUGUUGGAACCAAAAAUCUCAAAUUUGCUUUGGACUCAUCAGACCAAAUGACAGAUUUCCAUUGCUCUAAUGUCCAUUGCUCGUGUUUCUUGGCCAAAGCAAGUCUCUUCUUAUUAUUGGUAUCCUUUAGUAGUGGUUUCUUUGCAGCAAUUCAACCACGAAGGCCUGAUUCACGCAGUCUCCUCUGAACAGUUGAUGUUGAGAUGUGUCUGUUACUUGAACUCUGUGAAGCAAUUAUUUGUGCUGCAAUCUGAGGCUGGUAACUCUAAUGAACUUAUCCUCUGCAGCAGAGGUAACCCUGGGUCUUCCAUUCCUGUUGCGGUCCUCAUGAGAGCCAGUUUCAUCAUAGCGCUUGAUGGUUUUUGUGACUGCACUUGAAGAAACUUUCAAAGUUCUUAAAAUGUUCCGGAUUGACUGACCUUCAUGUCUUAAAGUAAUGAUGGACUGUCGUUUCUCUUUGCUUAUUUGAGCUGUUCUUGCAAUAAUAUGGACUUGGUCUUUUACCAAAUAGGGCUAUCUUCUGAAUACCACCCCUACCUUGUCACAACACAACUGAUUGGCUCAAAAGCAUUAAGAAGGAAAUACAUUCCACAAAUUAACUUUUAACAAGGCACACCUGAUAAUUUUAAUGCAUUCCAGGUGAAUACCUCAUGAAGCUGGAUGAGAGAAUGCCAAGAGUGUGCAAAGCUGUCAUCAAGGCAAAGUGUGGCUACUCUGAAGAAUCUCAAAUAUAAAAUCUAUUUUGAUUUGUUUAACACUUUUUUGGUUACUACAUGAUUCCAUAUGUGUUAUUUCAUAGUUUUGAUGUCUUCACUAUUAUUUUACAAUGUAUAAAAUAGUACAAAUUAUUGAAAAUGUUAUUAUUGAAAUUAAACUGUUCCACGAAAAUGCGCAUAUGAAAAUCAUAACUGCCAUGCAGAUCGGAAGAAAUUAUAGGAUAAAUUGUAUGCUUCCCUUAACUUGAAACUCACACGCCGCCUAUGAAGUCUUUAUAAAAUAAUUGCAUCCAUGUUUUUAUAGUCAAAUUUUCAACAAAGAUAAGACAUGCCUCAUAGUAAAACAUUCAGGGUUCAAACAGUUAAGUAUGUUUUGAAAAUGCAUACUGCCUCCAGCUCACUUUGUAAAGUGGUGGGUGAUCUGCUGAUAGCCUGCACUCUAAAAAGAAAAGGUUCCUGGACCUUACAUUAAAAGGGGUUCUUCAAAUUGAAACUGUGGGGGAACCCCUUUAAGUUCUUUGAAGAACCCUUUAAAAGGAUCCUCAAAUAACCUUUUGGGGUUAAUUUUUUAACUACCCCCCCAUCAUUAUUAUUAAUAAUAAGCAUAACAAUAAUAACAAUUAACAAUAUCACAAUAUUUUUGUUCUGUGUUUAUUAUGAUUUUAGUGGCAAAGCAGAAUAAAAAAUCUAAAUAUGAGGUAAACUCCCAGCAGAGCCCCAAGGCCAAUGGGUAUAUUAUUAUUUUUUACGAGGUAUAUCCUCUCGUGUGUUGAUGUUCUCAGUAUCCAUAGCCAGAAUGAUUUUGCAGCGCAUGAUGAUUGAACAGGUUUCCUGUUAUAUUCAUCAGAGGUGUAGGGAUGGUGAAGUCUGUCAAUCCCAAAAAUAGUAAUUAUACAGAUGAUUAACAAAACAUGCACACAACAGAAUUCAAAUCUUGUUUUUUGUGGUAAAUGUGAAUGAAAAAACAACUGUUUUGAUAAUGGUUUUCAUACACAUACCUUGUCCAUAAUGUAGAGGCCUAUGGGAUAUUCAUUGACGAGGUAAGGAAGGAGGAUAGUAAAUGUGAUCUACAUGACAUACCUUUGUAUGCCUCCUCGUCUGUAUACCUGCAGACACAGAUACAAAAGUGAGCAGUUCCAUCAUACAGCGCACCCAAUACAGCGAGCCUUCAACAUAUUCUUACCUCUGUUGAUUGAUAUCCAUUGAAUUGUGUCCAUUUUCUGUUUUUAGAAAGAUUUGCACAAAUAUGAAAAGAUAGAUGGUAUCACCAUUAAAAUAUAUAAAUUUAGAUCAUACAAGGGACAAACCUUACCUUAAAUUGAGAUCUUUAAGUUUUUCAGUUAAGUGCCUGCACCUGCUGUCCUUUCAAAUCCAAAUGUUUCAGUUGGGCAGUUAGGUUCCUCAAUGAACUCCACCUCCUAUGGGGUUCAUGGAAUAACCUUUUGGGGGACAUUUUCAGUGCCAAGAACCCUAAGGUUCUUCUAAUAACUUUGAGGAUCUUAGAAGAACCCUUGUUGAACCCCUAAUGUUUGGUGUGCCUAGCAUUGUUUUUCUCCCGGUCAAUUUGGCCGGCAACAAUUUUAUUUAUAGGCUUAGUUUCUAAUUAUAAUUUUUUUGUUGCAAUUACCGGCUAACGGAAACCCUGACACACAAACACCACUGUGAUUAGUACUAGUGGCUGAUUUGUUGCUUAGCUGUCCUUCUGACUUGCCCCAUCCCAGGCGACCAUGUUGUUUGCUGAGCUGGGGUACACUCUGGCCACAGAAGAGGCGGAGCGAAUCGGAGUGGACCACGUGGCUCGCAUGACAGCCACAGGCACGGGGGAGAAUUCAACAGGUAACUAUAGUUAAGGUGGUCUGUUAACAACCCCCCCCACCCCCCCAGUGGUCUGUCUGACAGGCAUUUUUAAACACCCUCUCCCCAUUAUGUGUCUCUUUUCUGUUCAGUGGCCGAACAUCUCAUAGCACAACACAGUGCAAUUAAAAUGCUCCACAGCAGGGUGAAAGUCAUCCUGGAAUAUGUCAAAGCAGUGGAAGCAGGUGAGAGAACCACUGUCUCUGUUGUGUGAUGAAAGAAUGAGUGACUCUGGAAAGAAGAUGCUGUUACUAACAGAUAGUUUCCAGCCAUUGCUUUAAAAAAAAUGACUAUAUGGUCUUUCAACCCUCUCUCUCCUCCUCCUUGGUAUAUCCCAACUGUAUCUUAUCUCACCUGUUGUGUGUAUAUUCUUCCCUCAUGCUCUCUCUUGUUAACUCUCCCCUUCUGAUUUGUUACGACCCAGGAGAGGUGCCAUUUAACCACGAGAUCCUCAGAGAAGCCAACGCCCUGUGCCAUAGACUACCCGUUCUCAGCACCAUCAAAUUCAAGACGGACUUCUAUGAUGUAAGUCGUCCCCACCUAGGCACUUGGCAAAACUCAGCUACUGGUGUGAACGUGUGCCUUUUGUUUUUAGAUUAUAGUCUUGGUAAUGUGAUAGUCUGCAGGAUAGUUAACAUACGUUGUUUUGAAUGAAUAAAACCUUGACAAAAUUCCUUCUUUAAAUCACUCAAUAAGGGUAAUGUAAUGAUUUGAGAACGCUUAGACAGGUUGGAUUGGCACGGUACUGUAAAAGCAUGUUAAUCUCCUUCUUUCUCGCUUUUUUCAGCAAUGCAAUGAUGUGGGCCUCAUGGCUUACCUAGGUACCAUCACUAAGACCUGUAAUAGCAUGAACCAGUUCAUCAACAAGUUCAACGUCUUGUACGAUAGACAGGGCAUCGGCCGGAGGAUGAGAGGACUGUUCUUUUGAGCGACACCGAGAGAAAGCGAGUGAUUGGAGGAAGAGAUGAAGAGGUCACAAGCACUGCUUUUCCAUUUGCUUGUCUGUAUUUUAUGUUAAGUAACACUCUUGACACACACACUCAGAUACCAGUGAGCAUUCAGUUUGUUUUCAAAGGUAGCAAAUGCUAGAAGUGUCUCAAAGGCCUCUUGUCUAUACCAUAAAAUCACACACAAACAGGAAGAAGGAAACCGUGUACAUAAUCACUCACAUUCUCACUCGCAGUUUGACAUUUGUGAAUCCAUGUACGUGAACAGAAAUGACAAUUUCCCCUUUUUCUUUGUUUUGUUGUAAUAAAUAAUCUGCUGAUUUUUCAUG